AUGGCUGAUCGUCCUACAUCAAAAGAGUAUACUCCCGUGGAUGAUGAGGAGGCGACAUACCUGUACGAGGGAGACAGCAGUGAGGGCCUUCUCGGGGACAGACGAAAGUCUGCUAGAUCUCCGCCGAAUUGGAUACCGCGAGUGCAGUGUAACACCGCGGGUUUCUUAUUGAUAGCCGCGCUCAUGGUUAUUUCCGUUCUGGUUACUAUCCAAGGUACCAUUUGGUAUGAAAGAAGAGGCAGCAAUGCGCCGAGGUGGCGCCCAGCGUUCUCACCGUUGUAUGACAUGGUUGAAAUUCCACUAGUAACAACAUAUGCCGACCACUCUCCAGCGCCUAAUGCUUCCGAUCCAAGGCACAUCUACCGACUCGACCCAAGUCCCGAAGUCGAUGCAGCCUGGACCCGCAUUGCUACAGCGGAUGGGAUAUAUCCCAUGUCAGCGUCAGACGUAGUUCGCGCAGGAAAGGACCCAGAGAUGGCUGUAGAUGCGCCGGAGUCGUGGGGAUUCCCACCGGGCAAAACCAAAAUGAUGGGUAUCGAAGGGUUGCAUCUACUGCAUUGUCUGAACGCAGUAAGAAAAAGCCUCAUUACUACCUAUGACUAUUACUGGGGCUCUGAGUAUGGGUUUGCGCCGCCCGCUGUAUUCGCACGACACCUUAAUCACUGCGUCGAUAUGUUGCGACAGCAUCUCAUGUGCCAUGCCGAUCUUGAGCCUUUCACUUUCAAUUGGCGCGUUGGUCAGACGAAGCCAUACGCCGACUUUGGAAUUCAAAAGACGUGCGUAGACUUCGACUACUUACUGAACUGGGCCGAGAGACACAAGAACCCUCGGCACGAGGAGCUCGUAAGUUAA